AUUUCUUAGAAAUAAGAACUCCGUUUACGACAUCAUACCGAACUCCUAAGUAGAUUCAAUCGUUCCAUAGUUUGGUUGACAGAAUACUAGCAUCCGGUUUCAAUAUAUAAACCCUGUCUUUUACCUCACUCCUAAGUCCUGAUCAUGUCUUCGACGCGAUACUGGUUAGAUAAGGCCUACCUCACAUAUUUCCUCAUUCAUCUCCCAGUUCUAUUCUGCGUUGAUCUCGUUCCCCUCUACCCAACCUCUCUAUGGGUACCGCCUUCGUCACCGCUUCAUUUCUUAUAUAAGCUGCGGGUCUACUAUAUAGAGACGUACAAUGACCAGUUCUUCGCGCCUCCUCCAGCACCCAUUCCUAGCUUCUUCCCGCUAUUCGCCUUCCUAGAGCUCGUCUUUCACUUGCCCGUGUCGUUGUGGGCAGUACGCGCACUCCUUAGCGGGGGUCGUAGUGCUGGUAGCACUAUUAAGCAGAGUGGUCUGGUCGGUUCUGCUGAAUUGCUACUUCUCGUUUAUGGCAUCGAGACAGCAUUGACUACUGCUACUUGCAUGUACGAGGCCUUUCUAUGGGACUCUGCCGUGGUGACCGCGGAGCAGAAAAUGGUGCUGCUAGGUGGUCUGUAUGGAGGAUAUCUUGCCGUUGCCGUUCUAUUGACCGUUGAUAUGUAUACGCGACUACUCAGCCGAAUCGGUGCGGUUGAUGCUAGAAAGAAGAACCAAUAAUGAAAGGAUCUGUCAAUAGGUAUGCGUAUGAUUUGUAUCGUCGUGAAGGAUUUGAAUAUGGGUUUGGAUUAUUAUUAGGAGUAAUACCUAAUUCCUCAAAGUUCACGUUGCUUCACCUAUAACUAUACCCUAGGAAGCUACCUAUU